GACACACAGAGGCACACCGACCUCCAGUCCACCGCCGCUGUCUCCGCGCGUUUUUACCCGGAUUUGACCUCCCUCCGCCGGCUUCACAUCUGCCGGAGCCCCGCUUGGAUUUGUCCUAAACUCCGGCCCGUAUCUCUGGACUAUCCAACGUUUUGCUCGCGUGCGUUUUGGCGCUCGGCUGGUCCUCGGAUGUCGCUGUCUUCGUGAAUCUCCGGCACCGUUCGGGAUCCAGGUGCAGCUGUUUCUUCUUCAAGACUAACUCUGUGGACCUAACCCUGACUGGACUCUCUACUGCCAUCUGAUGAGAGGAUGCUGCAGAGGACUGCCGAGGCUCUGAGCCCGACCUGAGCCUCUGUCCCAAAGACUCCAUUUCCCAUGAUGCACCUGGUGUGGUGUCGCGGCCGCCUCAAACUGCUGCUGGCCUCAGUCACCGCUCUGGGCCUGCUUACCUGGCUCUACCUGCUCGCUGGCAACCUCGAUGGUGGGCGUGCCCUGCUCCUCCCGCCCUGCCUGAGCCUAAGCCCCGCCCCUCAGCUCCUGGAUCGCUCCGUCCUGGAGUCCCGGGUCCGAGAGGUGGAGGAGGAAAACCGUCAGAUCCGCCUGCAGCUCAGCCAAUCACAGGCCUCUGCUCAGCUGCCCCCAGAUGGUGCUCAGCAGUGGGGUGCGUCAGCAGACACGGGGCCAGAGGAUGGAGAGAAUACUGCAGAGGAGAGGGGCAACAACACAGACUGCCCCAGAGCGCCCCCUGUCAGCAAGUGCGAGCUGAUCCAUGUGGCGUGUGUGUGCGCCGGUCACAACGCCAGCAGAGACGUGGUCACCCUCGUCAAAUCUGUCCUCUUUCACAGGAGGAACCCUCUGCACUUUCACUUCAUCACAGACUCGGUGGCUCAUCAGAUCCUCAGUGCUCUGUUCCAGUCCUGGAUGGUUCCCUCGGUGCAGGUCAGCUUCUACGACGCAGAGACGCUCAAGUCGGAGGUGUCAUGGAUCCCAAAUAAGCACUACUCUGGGAUCUAUGGCCUUAUGAAACUGACCCUCACCAAGGCCCUGCCCCCAGACCUGAGUCAAGUCAUCGUUCUGGACACGGACAUCACCUUUGCUACCGACAUCGCCGAGCUCUGGGGCAUCUUCAGGAAGUUCACAGAUAAGCAGGUGAUUGGUCUGGUGGAGAAUCAAAGCGACUGGUACCUGGGGAAUCUGUGGAAGAAUCACAAACCGUGGCCAGCGUUGGGACGAGGGUUCAACACAGGUGUGAUCCUGUUGUACCUGGAGCGUCUGCGGAGGAUGCGUUGGGAGCAGAUGUGGAGGCUCACGGCGGAGAGGGAGCUCAUGAGCAUGCUGAGUACCUCUCUGGCCGAUCAGGACAUCUUUAACGCCUUCAUCAAGCAGAACCCGGUGCUGGUGCAUCAGCUGCCCUGUUUCUGGAACGUCCAGUUGUCUGACCACACCCGCUCAGAGCAGUGCUACACCGAAGUCUCUGAUCUCAAGGUGAUCCACUGGAACUCUCCAAAGAAGCUGCGAGUGAAGAACAAGCACGUGGAGUUCUUCAGGAACCUAUAUCUGACCUUCUUAGAGUAUGACGGGAACCUUCUAAGGAGAGAGCUGUUCGGGUGUCCCAGCCCCAGCAGCCCUCAAAGUGUACAGUUGCAGUCGGCGCUGGAGCAGUUGGAUGAGGACGAUCAGUGUUAUGACUUUAGACGAGAGCGUCUCACGGUCCACAGAGUUCACCUGUACUUCCUCCACUACGAGUACCCCAGAACAGACAACGGGAGCGACAUCACCCUGGUCGCACAGCUAUCCAUGGACAGGCUGCAGAUGCUGGAGGCCAUCUGUAAGCACUGGGAGGGGCCGAUCAGCCUGGCUCUGUACAUGUCAGAUGCAGAGGCCCAACAGUUCCUGAGAUACGCCCAGGCCUCUGAAGUCCUGAAGAACCGAAAGAACGUAGGCUACCACAUUGUGUACCGUGAGGGACAGUUCUACCCCGUCAACCUGCUGCGCAACGUGGCUCUGCGCAACGCCCCCACCCCCUAUGUGUUCCUCACAGACGUCGACUUCCUGCCCAUGUACGGCCUCUACGACUACCUCAGGCGCAGUGUGGUGCAGUUGGACAUGUCUCACAGUAAAAAAGCCCUGGUGGUCCCUGCCUUUGAAACGCUGCGGUACAGACUGUCCUUCCCCAAAUCCAAAGCAGAGCUGCUCUCGAUGCUGGACAUGGGAACACUCUACACAUUCAGGUAUCAUGUGUGGCCCAAGGGUCACGCUCCUACGAACUACGCAAAAUGGCGGACAGCGACCACGCCGUACCGGGUGGAGUGGGAAGCCGACUUCGAGCCGUACGUGGUCGUGAGGAGAGACUGCCCUGAGUACGACCAGCGCUUUGUAGGGUUCGGCUGGAACAAAGUCUCACACAUCAUGGAGCUAGACGCACAGGAGUACGAGCUGACGGUGCUGCCUAAUGCUUUCAUGAUCCACAUGCCCCACGCGCCGAGCUUUGACAUCUCCAAGUUCAGGUCCAGUCCCGGGUACAGACACUGCCUCUCCACCCUGAAGGACGAGUUCCACCAGGACCUGUCCCGAAAGUACGGCUCUGCGGCGCUCAAGUACCUCACAGCCCACAGGAGCAUUUGAGAGGACCCGACCUCAAACACUGCAAAAUAUAUGUCUACAUGAGAUAAAAGGAGUCAGCCAAAGUAAUUAUUCUUACUUUGGCUGAGGAGUUUUGAGUUAUUUUCAAUACUGGGUCUAUAGAGUUAAGUGUGAUGUCACUUCCAGGUCAAUUUUCUCUUUUUUAGUGACAACACACCUCACAUUAAAGAGAAAUUGCAGUCGUUUAAAGCCAACAAGGCUGUCAGCAUGGAUCUAUGGUUAUAACUGUGGCAGAAAGUGCACAAAGGAGCGUUAGCAGUGACCAGCAGUUGGUGAGAUAAGAGAAGUAUAUAUAGAUUAUUACUACAUUAUUUACGUAUUUGAUGCAGUUUGUGGUUAAAAUAUGACUUUGAAAGGUAAUUGUCUCUUGUUUGAUGAAUAAGUAACAAAAACAGAUCUAAAAUCAACUUUAAAGUUUCUGGUUAGACCUGGAAGUGACAUCAAUUUUCAAGUUGUUUCAGAUGAGUUUCAAUAUGUUUUUAUUAUUUUUUUCAAUCAAAAACAUUUUCAGAUUAUAGUAAGAAAAUUACAUUUGAAAUCAGACACAAAAAAAUCCAUAAUAUACUAGAAAAGAAAGAAGCAUUGAAACUAACCAAAACUUCUCUAAUUGAUACGUCAUUUUAACUCGUGUAGAUAUUACAAUUUUGCAGCUAAGUCGCUAAAUUAGCCGCUUUUAGCACGAUGGAAAGUACUGGGACUGCCACAAGCCGAGUGCAACUUUUCCAAUGGGACACAAGACAAAUGCAGACUCCAGAGGGCGCUGUCGUGUGGCACAGGACACUAGGUUGUGCUCUUGUUCGGCACAGGACACUAGGGGGCGCUCACAUUUGGGACUCUAGCUUUAUGGAGGAUUCUUCUCGACAAUCAGGGCUGCUCCACGGCCUCUCCUGUAGUUAUGGAACUUCACAUAACAGAGGGAUAAAGCCUUAUCACCGGGGAAGAUAUUUAACAUGUUUUUAUUUCUAUGUAAACCAAUGAAGAAUGGACAGUCAGGUUGUGAGGGUCCGGUUGUGUCGGUUUGGUUGUGUCGUAGAGUGAAAUUGUUUGUUGAAUUCGGAGUAGCGUUGGUUAAAGUGUGUUAAAAUCAUAGACUGUAUAUAGAAGUGGACUGAGGGAGUAGCAGUGGCUAGCAGUUAUAGCGACUAAUCUGCAAACGGGCCCGAUAUUUGGAAAUCCGGGUACGCAAUCCAAGAGCCAAUCAGUGGUGAGGUUGUUGAAGGUACACACCCCACACCCGCUGGUUUGGCUCGCUUAACAACAAGCCGUGAUAGCCGUCAUUCUACUACUAUUUCUAAGGUUAGCAGGAGCAACCUCGGGGAAAGAAGGCGCCUUUUUAGUCUGUUAUUAAUGUCCAUUUUUUGAUUUACGGAUAAAAUGGUGAAAUGAAAACAGCAGGAUCACGUAGAGCGGGUUAAUGCAAUCAUUUUAAGACCAAAAUGAUAAGCCUGACAGCAGUAGUUACAGAGAGAUGGUAACUGAUUUUUCAAUAGAAAGUAAAUUGCAAAGAGAGUUAAAAAAAAAAAAAACACUUUGCCCUCAUGCUCACUUCUCAUUUGGAACGCAGCAGCUAGCGGGAUAGCUUUGUCCAUUUAUGUACACAGUCUAUGGUUAAAGUAUGUGCUUAGAAUACAUCUGCUGUUUACAUUUGCACUACAGAGACGUCGUCCUAGCAACAAGACCUUGUCCAGUUUGGUCCGACACGGUUUGAAAAACAAUAGUGCUGGUUUGGAUCUUUCUGAAUCUGCAUCAUAAAAGCUCAUAUCCAUAGGUUUCAGAAUGACGUUGCCAUAGCAAUUAAUUCAAAACAAAAUAUUGUAUCUUGUUAAUAGUCCUCAAAAUGGCACCACAGGAGACUAAAGAAUGCUUCUGUUGUAUUUUAUUCUGUUAUAUUUUUGUUAAGAGAAAUUAGAAAAUAUUUUUAUUCCAAUUGGAAAUAAAUUGAAACAAGUGCAAACAUGUAGAAACCUGACAACUCCAUCUAGACUAAUCAGAUGUAAUUACUAAUUAAUUUUCUGUGUUAAGCAGAGUUUGUAAAUGGUUAGAAUUCAAUUAUAUACAGAUGCAAUCGCACAAACACAUAAUGGUCCCAAAUGAAGGGAAGGACGGAAAGUGCUUGUGUUUUUUUGGAGUCGCUGCGUGUUUCAGACAUUACAUUAUUAGCAGCAAUUUUCUGUCUAGCCUCUGUCUUUAUAGAAAAUGCCAAAAUAUAAUUACAAGUUUUACACAUUGGGACCUACUAAACGCACUCUCCAAACAAAACCUCUGCCUCAGUCCCUGCAGCUUUUUUUUACAUACAAAAGCACAUUUCUCUGCUUCUCAAAUGCCAAUGUUAAUGGCUGCAUAAUUAGUUUUAAAUGUAAUAUUCAUUUAUGCUCAUGUGGACUUGGGGCAUAUACUUCCAAGAUUAUUUUUAAAAAUGUUAUGUUUUUAGAAACAACAUUUUCAUGAUUUUUAGUUGCUUUAAAGGUGCACCAUGUAACUUUUCUGUUUGUCUCCAUGGAGAUGUUAUUGCUUUGCCAGCAAUGUUCCACAAUAUCACAUUAGACAUUUACAUAUUAUUACAUUACAUAUUGCAAUUAAUGAGUUAGAAGUACUUUUAUUACUCAAAAAUACCUUGAAAAACAUACAUUGUUACUAUGAGCUGGUUACUUCUCCACAGAUCUGAACUGUAACUUGGCUUGAUGGUGUUACCUGCUUGUCUUCAUGGAUAUAGAUACGUUUAAUGCCAUACUGUGGAACUUUGCAGUCAAAGCAGUAACAUUUCCUUGAAGGCAAUCAGAAAAUUUACAUAAUGUAUUUUUAAGAACACAUUUAAAAUGAAUCUUUUUCUUUGGUCUUUUGUAGUUCAGUUAUAUUAAAAGUUAAUUGAAUUAUUUUAAUUUUUAUUUUAUUGUAUUUAUUUUUAUUUUUUUAACAAGUGUCAUUUUUCUUAAAAGACCAAACCAGGCUUUAUGGUAAAUUGUUUAAAUGUUUUUCAAACUGUACUGUGCCAAACUGGACUGUACCACGGGGGGGAUGGGGGGGGGGGUCCAUCUGCUCAUGUCUCCCUCAUCUGUGUGUGUGUGUUUGUGUUUGUGCGUGCUGGGGUGUGUGUGUGUGUGUGUGUGUGUGUGUGUGUACUGGCUCACCUGACCAAACCCCUCUAUGGGCCGGGACUUGUAUGUUUUAUUUUUUUAUGUACUUUUUAUGUAUUUUUUGUCUAAUCACUGGACACACCUCUGUACACUGGACACCGCUCACAAGGGGUAAACGGACCUGGUUUCAGAAUAUUCAUGUUGACUUGAGUUGUUCAGAUAAUAGUUUAGUAGCUUGAGAGUACAGUUACUUUAAAAGUACUCAAGGAAAUCGUGUUAGGGUAAAAAUGACAAAUGUUGCUAAUUGUGCAGAUGAACUUAAACUAAUGUGAAAUCUCUGAUAUUUCCAAAGAAUUGGAGUUAAAGCAAAUUUUAAUGUAAGGAACACAAAGUGUUUUUCAUUUGUCAAAAUUAAGAAAUUGUAGCAUAUAGGCUCACCAAUAUAUUGUGAUCAAGUACAAGUAAAAGUAUUUAGAGAUACAACUACUGAUACAACUACUACAAAUCUGAAUGUGAAUGUAUACAUGUUUUUACCUUAUUUUGAGGAGAACAAUAUCAAUUGUUUUUUUUUUCUAACUCCACUACGCAUAGGCCUGUUUUUUUUUUGUUUUUUUUUUUUGUUUUUUUUUUAUGCAUCUAUGUAGCUCUAAAGCCGUUCUUAAAAAUCUCACAAAUUGCAAUUUUAAUUGGCAUACAAUAAUUGUUUCAGCUGACUGACAAAUAUGCAAAACUCUUUGGCUAGUAGUUGUAGUUGACUGACAUAUUAUUUUAAUCAAAGUCAUAUGUACAGUUUUUAUUGUUGCAAACAUUUAUACCAAUUAUACUGAUCACAACAAACUAAUCAACAUUACAUUAAUUGAUUAAUGGUCCUAUAUUAUGCAAAACUGACUCUUGUGAGCUUUAUGCUGUUAGAAUGUUGUUACCUCAUAAAAAAUAUAGCUGGAUUUGUGUUUUGUUUCAUUCACACACGUUUGUGUAAUCCUUUAUUAUUAGUUUGUCAAAAUGCCCUGUUCCACCUUGUGAUGUCAUGAAGCGGUAGUUUUCAAGUUAACGGCUACCUUUAGUUGACCUUUAGUUCAGUAAAGAUUGGCAAUUCCAGGGCUGAAAUCAUCCAAAUGAUUCUAGUGAAGGUGUAUGGAGUUUAAAAGCACACUGGAGCUCUUCCUGUAUCACCACAUGACAUCACAAGGUGGAAGUGUUUUCAAUUUGAGAGAAGAACACAGCCUAAAUAUACAGGGUUUGUGUGUUAAGCAUUUGAAUGAAACAAAACACCACUCCAGGUUUGUUUGUGAUGAGGAACAACAGUAUAACAUAGAUCAGAAAAUAAUAUAAUAUGGGCCCUUUAAAGAGAAAUAAAGGAUAUAACUGUUUAUGUAUGGAUAGCAAAGCAUAUAUAUUGAGAGAUAUAUUUCACUGGUGCAAAUACUACUGCUGCAGACCAAAUACACACUUUAUAUUUGAUUGUGUACUGACAGGCGUUUGGUGUUUUGCAUGUUAAUUGUUUAUUUUGGGCCCUCAUUUAAUCCUUUUCGUUUUUAAAAAUUCAUUUGAGGAAGCUUCAAAGCGUUUGGGUAACGACACAUUGAGAUGCAAACUCACAUGUUUAGUCCAGACCACACUGAAGCGUCUGAGCCACUGCACCAAAUCUGCUCCAGUAUUUAUCCAAUGAAAAGAUGAAAAAUAUUCCAAAAUGUUCAGAGGCAUAGAGUGUCAGAGGGAUGUCAUGAUGUCAUUGUUUCACAAUUAUUCACGAGUAGUGAGUCCAUGACCAAACAAUGAAAGGCCUAUUGACUUUCAUCACUUUGUCUAACAGAUCACUAUUCCUCUAUGUGAGCCACUUCAUCAAACUUUGUGAUUGAUAAAAUAAGGGUAAAGAGGCAGUACCUGAUUUUUGUCCAUGUAUUUGAGCAAAAUGUAUCCUGCCCCAGCACCACAGACAGUGUAAAGAAGUGGACUGAGUGAGUGUGACGUCACCCUUAGCGUUUGGCUCCAGUCAAAUGAAGCAGUUAUAGGGGCCAAUUUAGAGCCGAGUUCCAUACUUGGAAUUCCGUCCGAGUGUGGAGUCGGCGCUUAGCAACGCUGUCAAUCAAACCUGUUGCUAACGCUAGUGGGUGCAAUUUUAGGGAAAGAAGGAGCCUAAUUUGUCUGUUAUUAAUGUUCAUAUCUUAAUUUACUGACACAACAGCAAAAUAAAAACACCAGGAUCAUAUAGGGCAGGUCAAUACGAAGUUUUUGAGACCAAAAUGACAAGACUCACUGCAGCAGUUAGACAGAGCGGUGACAGUUUUUUAUGUAAAGUAAAUUGGAGCCAGAGUCAAUGGAGCCAGAAGCGCCCCCUUGACCAUUUCCUAUUUGAAACGCGGCAGCUAGCAUUUUAGCUACGUCCAUUUAUAUAUACAGUCUAUGCCCAGUACAGAUAUAUUGUAUAAACAGUUCUUCAGGUCAAAAUAAGUCAGCUGUGUGCUGUCUGCAUCAAAUUGUUUUGAUUGUCCAAAAAUCAGGAAGGUUGAUGUUAGCAUGCUAAUUGUUGUGGGCAUUAUUGUGACAGCAAAACUCCGUUCUGGUCUCUGAAAGUUAUGAAAAGUGCUUAUAGACAUUUCACAGUGAAUAAUUAGGAAUGCAUUUGGAAAGCGAGGAAAAGCUAGUUUGGUUUUUCCCAUUUUUCAAAACUCAAAAAUGCCCAAAAUCAGGUACAGCAUCUUUAACGUGACAUAAACAGACAGAAAAAAACACUUUAUAUUUUGGGAGUCUACACUGAAAACUGUAUAGCAUAUAUAGUUUUAUGAUUAUAUUCUGACCUGAGCACUCACCAUUAUUUAAAAUAUCUUGACCUCCCUGAUUGCGUCAUGAUCUUGGUCAAAAAUAUGUCUCCAUUGAGGUCCACUAUAUUGUCUUUGCUGUACCAAUUUUGAGUGCUAAAAUGUUCAAAGCAUAUUUUUUUCUUGAAUUCAUUUUGUAUUGUAUUCAUUUUGUGACUGUAUUGUCCUCCAUGUUUCGUCACUCACGCAGAACCCCCAUGAGCUGCUGCUGGUUCAGAGUCUGGACUGAGGUCUGGGACUAAGGCCAGACCGGGCGAGAUCCUGGUCUGGACUCUGGCUCAGAUGUGACACAGGGCGAGAUCAGAGUCCAGAUCCUGUUCUUAGUCUUAGAACUCUCACCCGGCUAUACCCAGAUCUAAACCAGAGUCUGAUUGUGGUUAAAAUUCUGGGUCUAGAUCCUGGUUCGAAUUUUGGCCCAGAAUCCAGACUCUAGGUCUAGAUCUUGGUUCAGACCUCGCUCUUAGUUGUGGCUCAGAUCCUUGACUCAGAUUGCAGUCUAGACUCUGGACCAGCCCUAGUACUGGUCUAGAUUUUUAUUCUAUGUGAUCUGGCUCUAGAUUUUCACAUCCCGGUCUAGACCUCAUUCUGGCUGAUACAUUUUUUUUAAGGUGUUGGUCCAACCCUGACUGAUCCUAGUCCGGUCUGGACCCUCUACUUGCUUCAUAUCCCAGUUGAGAUUUCCGUAUUUGGUCUAGACUUGAUGCUAGUCCAGAUCCUGGUCUAGAUCCAGGUCCCUGGUCUUAGUCUAGACUAUAGAAUCUGGUCCCAGUCUAGAACCUGAUGCCAGUCCAGAUCUCAGUCUAGGUCCAAGGCUGACUCUGGUCAAGGCUCUAGUUUCAUGCAGUCCCAGGUCCUGGUCUAAACCCAGGUCCUGGUCUUAACGCAAAUCCUGUUUUAGACUCUGGACAAGCCCUAGUAUUGGUCUAGAUCUGUGUUUUAUGUAAUAUUGAUUGAGAUACUGCCUGGUCCACAUCACAGUCUAGAUCCUGGUCCCAGUCCAGAUCCUGUUCCUGGUCCAGACCCUGGUCCUGUUUCAGAUCUUGCUCUAGACCCUGUUCCCGGUCUAGACCCCAGUGGGUGCAGCCCGUGGCCUCGUGUUGGCUGUGGUGAUGCAGUGCCUUUGUGAGCCGUGACAGUGGAUAUAUUGAUUGUAUUGUUGUGGGCGGGGCCUGGGGCAUAUUUAUUAUUGUUGACUCAAAUCAAUCAUAUUUUUCUAUGUAAGUGCUUUAAAUAAACCCGGC